GAAUACUAUCUACGAUCAUGACGCCAGUAACCUUCGAAUAUGCGGAGUUGAGUGGCGCGCUGUUCAACUUGGCUAUAAAAGCGGCACUCUCUGAAUCCGCGGUGCUAAGAAUGAAAUGAAAUUCCUCCCUAAAAGAUCCUCUUAAACUCGCACAAGACUAAAAUCUUUACAACUAUUUCCGGUUACUGCCAUCAGUUUCAGCAUACGUUUUCCUUCUGUGAAGAACUAACGGCUAUUGAGAUAGUUUAGAGCUACAGAAGUUUACAUCUCUUCGAAUCUGUUGUAAAAGCAAGUGUUCUAAAGAUGGAUUUCGAAUCAAUUCUCCAAGAAGUCGGAGACUUUGGAAAGUACCAGAAAUCUCUUCUCUUUAAAUUUAUGGUACCGACUACUUUGGCAUCAGCGUUUUAUGUUCUCAAUGUGAUUUUCAUGGUAGCUAGCCCUGACCACUGGUGUUAUGUCCCAGAACUCUCAUCUUUGAACUUCACAGAAGACGAAGUUAGAAAAAUGUCUAUUCCGAAACUGCCGGACGGAACCUUCUCAAAAUGUACUAUGUAUGCUUAUAACUACACAGCUUUGGCUGCAGAAUACAAAGUAACAGGCAAGUUCCCAGAGUUCAGGCCAGCUGGAAAGAUCAUACCGAGAAGACCUGUACAGAAAUGUAAUCAUGGUUGGGUAUAUCAAAAAGACUGGUACGAAGAAACGAUAGUAUCACAAUGGGACUUGGUGUGUGACAAGAAUUAUCUUCCGAGUCUUGUUCUAACCUUAGCAAACGCGGGAAGCGUUCUUGGAACCUUCUUAUUUUCUGCCGUGGCUGACAAGCAAGGUCGGAAGACUGCCUUCCUGGCCAACAUCGUGGUUGCUGUCGUGUCCGGGGUGCUAUCUAUUUUUUCGCCUACCUUCGCUGUUUUUGCCAUUCUUCGAACUGUGACAGGGUCGACUGUUCCUGCCAACUUCCAACUUCCAUAUAUAAUUACUGUUGAACAAGUAGGUUCUCGUCAACGCUCUUUCCUUGUAUGCAUAUCCUGGCUACUGUGGACAUUAGGAGCCUGCUGCCUUGCCAUGGUGGCUUACAUAUCAAGACACUGGACCACUUUGGGGUUGCUCACUACAUUGCCUUUUGGUGCUUUCGUGGCAUAUAAAAGUUAUUUGAAACAGUCACCAAGAUAUCUCAUGACUCAAGCUCGUUGCGAAGAAGCAGCUGAUGUGAUUGAGAAAAUUGCAAAGAUAAAUGGGUGCAAAGUUCCGUCUGAGUUGUUACCCAAAUUAAAAAAAAUCAGUGAAAAUGUAAAGAGUGACGGUGUCAAUGCAACAAAUGAAUCCAUGUUAGAUUUAUUCAAAUACCCUCAACUUAGGAAAAAAUUGUUUGUUGUAACUCUGAAUUGGACUGCCAUCGCCGUUGCUUACUUUGGAUUGACCCUCAACGCGACAAAUCUGGGAAAAAAUGAUUUUCUGAACUUUUUCUUGCUGUCUGCUGUUGAACUGCCAGCUUUCCCGUUGGCUCUACUAAUGAUGGAAAAAGUCGGUAGACGUUGGUCGAAUACCGUUUUCGUGCUUUUUACCGGAGUUGCUUGUUUAGUUCCAUCGUUUUUGACUAAAGAUAUGGGAACAUCCGCCAUUGCUGCAUCUAUGAUGGGUAAAUUCGGAUCGGCAGCAGCAUUUAUGGUGACCUAUCAGCAAGCUGCUGAACUGUACCCCACCUCAGUCAGAGCUUUUGGUAUGGGCAUUGGAUCCGUUGUGUCUUCGCUGGCCGUGAUAUGCAUGCCCUACGUUUGCUAUCUGAGUGUUUAUAACAAAGCUAUUCCAUUCUUGAUGAUUGGAGCGCUGUGCGUUUCAGCUGGCUUAACUGCUCCUCUCGUACCAGAAACACUUAACCGAAGAUUGCCCCAAACUGUACAAGACUCUGAGGAAUUUGGGACAGGCAACGGAUGCUUGCCAUGCUGCAGUAGUAGCGAGCAGAUAAAAGACGAGGAAGAAGUUGUUGAUCCGACGAAUAUAUAAGCGAUUAGAAAAGAAACUUUUUAUUAAAGAUGCAGUUUGGGAAAGAUACCAUAGUUUCAUGCAAUACUUUACUGGUAACCUGAAGACGUCAUGUAAACUAUGAGUAUGAAUAUUAAUGACAAUUAUUCUCAGCAACAAGAAAACUUCUGAGUUUUGCAAUGACGUUGAUUCUCCGAGAGGAUACAUAUGAAGUUUUAAUACAUUUCAUGGGAGGGAUGUUUUAUUGAAGAAAGAAUAUUAUCAUUAUCAUUCUGCAGUGUAUUAAUUUCAUAGGAUAUUUUCAUACGCUUGAAUGGAUAUCAAAUGUUAUAAUAUUUAGCUUCUCUCAAUGCUGUAAUAAGUUUGACUUUCUGGUAGAAUGCAUCUAAUUGUGCAAGAUAUAAAUAUUGCCACACACCCGUUUCCAGGCCUUUCACUAUUUUUCAGAUUAAAUCAUAUUUAUAUAAAAAGAUAAUUUAUAUCUUUUUCUACAAAUCUGAUCUCGUAAUUUGAAAUGCAAUUUUCGCAACCUUUGCCAGGUCUGAUUUUUUUCACUUCUCCUCUCCUGACUGGCCAGACUCACUGCCAUUUGCGACCUAUCUCGAAGAUGGAAAUUCAGCUAAUUGCAACUCUUUGAGUAAUAAAAAGGAAGUAAAAGAACAGCUUUAAUUAAAAUUAAUAUGUACUUUUACAAGUGAACGGGAAUCAAUAAGUUUCACUAGGCCUUUUGUAAAAUAUCACUCAUGAUUUUUAACGUCCUUUACAUACAAACAUGAAAUUCGGUUUAUGAUGUACCAUUUUACUUGAAAAUGCAAAUUAUUUAUGAAAAAUCUUCGUAACGUCCUUAAGUUAUCAACAUGCCUGAAUACAACUAUUUAUGUUAUCAAACGUCCUCUACAGCAUCUCAUCAAGAGUCCGGAUUGCUGCUAAUGUUGCUUCUUAAGUCUUUUGAUAAGCACAAUAAAAAGACUAAAUGCUUCAGACUGAAUGACCGAAUCAUUGGGAGCGUGAAGUCGUUUGAAAAUUGUGCCAAUUAAAUACUCAUUUU